UAUCGAGAAGUAACGCUCAUCCGGGGAUGUGAGGCACCACGUGACCUCGUGACGCUCCUUGCGGGUCACGUGGUGCCCGUCAGCUGAUUAACCGUCUUCCGGGUUGUUGCUCGGUGUUUAUUUUGUAGCGGCUCGUCUUGUUUUCUGCGGAGGAACUCGAGUCUACCAUGAGCGCCUCAGACAGUGACGAGGACUCCUACAACGAGAGGACGGCAUUGGUCCCGUCUGAGAAUCCAGAGGUCCCGUCCUACAAACCAGACCCGAACCUCAACCUCCCCGCCGACCCCCCAUCCAAAAGGUCUGGGGUCAGCAGGAGGCCGGCCGCCACAGGAAGUGGCUCGGACCAGGAGCCGGACCAGGAGCCGGACCAGGAGCCGGACGCAGACGACGAGGAGCUGACGCUGAAGUACGGAGCCAAACACGUCAUCAUGCUCUUCGUGCCCGUCACCCUCUGCAUGGUGGUGGUGGUCGCCACCAUCAAGUCGGUCGGCUUCUACACCGAGAAGACCGACCAGCAGCUGAUCUACACGCCGUUCACGGAGAACACCGCGUCCGUCGGCCGCCGGCUGCUCAACUCCGUCCUCAACACCAUCAUCAUGAUCAGCGUCAUCGUGGUCAUGACCAUCUUCCUGGUCGUCCUCUACAAGUACCGUUGCUACAAGUUCAUCCACGGUUGGCUCAUCCUGUCCUCCCUCAUGCUGCUCUUCUGGUUCAGCUUCAUGUAUCUGGGCGAAGUGUUCAAGACUUACAACCUGGCGGUGGACUACCCAACGGUCGGGGUGAUCAUCUGGAACUUCGGGGCCGUGGGGAUGAUCUGCAUCCACUGGAAGGGCCCCCUUCAGCUGCAGCAGGCCUACCUCAUCCUCAUCAGUGCCCUCAUGGCCCUGGUCUUCAUCAAGUACCUGCCCGAGUGGUCGGCCUGGGUCAUCCUGGGAGCCAUCUCCGUCUACGACCUGGUGGCCGUACUGUCUCCUAAAGGUCCUCUCAGGAUGUUGGUGGAGACGGCUCAGGAACGCAACGAGCCCAUCUUCCCGGCCCUCAUCUACUCCUCUGCCAUGAUGUGGACGGUGGGGAUGGCGAGCCCGGCGGACGCUCAGCACUCAGGACAGGAAACAGACGAGGAGGCGGAGCAGAGCAGCAGGGGGGCGGAGCCUCAGAAUCAACAGUCCCGGUCGUUUCAGGAAGAUGACCUGGAGGAGGACCGAGGGGUGAAGCUCGGUCUCGGUGACUUCAUCUUCUACAGUGUUCUGGUUGGGAAAGCUGCAGCGACGGGUGGAGACUGGAACACAACGCUCGCCUGCUUCGUCGCUAUUCUUAUCGGUCUGUGCCUGACGCUGCUACUGUUGGCCAUCUUUAAGAAAGCUCUGCCGGCGCUGCCCAUCUCCAUCACCUUCGGCCUGGUCUUCUACUUCUCCACUGACUUCCUGGUUCAGCCCUUCAUGGACAACCUGGCCAAUCACCAGUUUUACAUCUGAGAGGAAGCCCCGCCCACAUCACCUGUCGCCUCGUCUUUAUCGUCAUCGUCGUCAUCUUAUUAUAGAGACUACUCCCCGCGGCCGUCUUUAAAAGUCUGUUUGGGGAACUCGAUGCGUCCACUGAACCACAGGAAGUGACAUCAUGCAGAGUGAGAGCAGCAGGUCAUCUGAUCAGGUGAUCCGUGACAGCUGCGUGUGAUAGGCCGAUGCUCCCGUCAGUCAACUAACAACAUGUAAAGCUUCUCUUUGCUGUCUCUGUCCUGAUUGGUUCUCGCAGCCUGCUAUACAUCAUGUGACCUGACACUAAACCAGCUGAUUGUGAUUCGCUGGUCUGGGAGCUGAUUUAUACAAUAAACAUGUAAUCAAUAACUUGUAACAAAUCA